UCGAGUCAGCGGACAAACUCUUCUCACGCCAUCUUGACUGCUCCCUCAAAAUGGUAGAAAGCUGCGAGCUCCAAGCGGAGUUCAGACUAAUAUUCCUCCUCUUUUGGAUUUCAAACCAGCAGGAUUAGCUGUUUCUCCUCCCAGACAUGAGGUAAUGGGGUUGGUGUUCGCCGGACUGCGCUGAGUCACUACAAUGGAUAUAACGACGGCGGUUUUCGUCGCAGCCAGAAAUGGUAAAUUGAAACUUAUCCAGAAGUUGCUGAGCAACAAAACUCCUGAGGAGCUGGAAGCUCUGGCUGAGGAGAAGACCCAGGGAGGCACCCCGCUGCUGGCCGCCUCCCGGUACGGACACUUGGAGGUGGUAGAUUACCUCCUGGAACACUGUAAAGCCAACGUGGAGCUCGGAGGGUCGGUGUACUUUGAUGGGGAGACCAUCGAAGGAGCUCCUCCUCUGUGGGCAGCGUCUGCGGCCGGUCACCUCCCCGUGGUCAAGACCCUCCUCAAGCACGGAGCCUCGGUCAACAACGCCACCCAGACCAACUCCACCCCUCUCCGAGCAGCCUGCUUUGACGGACACCUGGACAUCGUCCGUUACCUGGUGGAACACAAGGCUGACAUGGAGGUAGCCAACCGCCACGGCCACACCUGCCUCAUGAUCUCCUGCUACAAGGGCCACAAAGAGAUUGCCAAGUUCCUCCUGGAGCGAGGAGCCGACGUCAAUCGCAAGAGUGUGAAAGGAAAUACAGCCCUCCACGACUGUGCUGAGUCUGGUAGUCUAGAUAUUAUGAAGAUGCUGCUGAAAUGCAAUGCCCGGAUGGAGAGGGACGGGUAUGGGAUGACUCCGCUGCUCGCCGCCAGCGUCACGGGUCACACCAACAUCGUGGAGUACCUUGCCCAUCAGCCUCGCACCUCCAGAGAAGAAGGCAUUGAGGCGCUUGAGCUCCUCGGGGCGACUUUUGUAGACAAAAAGCGGGAUCUCUUGGGAGCGAUGAAGUACUGGAGGAGAGCCAUGGAGUUGAGGAAAGCAGGAGAGAAAUCUGCCCAUCUUUCCAAACCUCCACCCGGCCCUGCUGUCCCUGCUUAUGGCUGUGCACAGGAAGUGAGCACAGAGGAGGACCUGGAAGCUUUAAUCACAGACCCUGAUGAAAUGAGGAUGCAAGCGUUGUUGGUUCGUGAACGCAUCCUUGGGCCGUCCCACCCGGACACCUCAUAUUACAUCCGUUACCGGGGAGCUGUGUAUGCUGACUCGGGCAAUUUUGAACGCUGCAUCAGCUUGUGGAAAUAUGCAUUAGACAUGCAGCAGAGCAACCUGGACCCUCUCAGUCCCAUGACAGCUUCUAGCUUCCUGUCCUUUGCAGAGCUCUUCUCUUUUAUCCUCAAAGAGCAGCAUAAAGGUACUCUGUCUACGCAAAUCACCUUCCACGACGUGAUGCCCGUGCUGGAGAAAAGCGUUAGGGAGGUAGAACGAGCUGUGGCAAAACGGGACAACCUUCCGGAAACGCCUCAAUUCACCAAGGCCCUCUCCAUCAUCCUGCACCUCAUCUUCCUACUGCAGAAGCUGCCAUGUGGCCCAGAGGAGGACCAUCAGAUGAAGCAGACUGUGUACCGCCUGCUAAAACUCAACCCACGAGGCCCGAACGGCUUCACUCCUCUCCACAUGGCCGCUGACAUGGCUACCAGAUGUGUGGGCCGUUACCCCGUGGGGAGUUUCCCCUCUGUGUCGGUGGUGGCGCUGCUCGUGGAGUGCGGCGCAGACGUUGAGUCGCGUGACUGUGAGAACAACACACCGCUGCAUAUCGCCGCCAGCAACGAUAGCGCAGACAUUAUGAUGCUACUUCUGGAAGCAGGUGCUCACUUUGACGCUACAAACGGAGAGAAGAAGACGGCCUUCGAGCUGUUGAAUGGGAUGGUGGUGGGCGAACACGUGGUCUUGUUCCCGGUGAACUUUGUCAGCCUUCAGUGCCUCGCAGCACGUACAAUUGUACGGCACAGACUGCCGUACAAAGGGCUCAUCUCUGAGGAGAUGGAGGCUUUCAUCGAGCUGCACUGAUUUCUUCUCCUGGUUUCUGUUUCCUGUUGUUCCAACUUCCACCCCAUUCAUCCA